UUGUCCAUCUCUAAAAGUGUUUUUCAACUGGUGGCCCGUAGGUGUUGUGUUUAUAAUUUAUUUAAUAAAUGGCGGACCAAUUAAACAUUGAGGGCCGUCCCCAAAGGGCAAAAGCAUAUGGGAAAGACAACGAGGAAACUACUGAGGACAAUGUUUAUGUCAGCAGCAAAGCCGCAGAAGAACUGGUGCUUCCAGAAGCUCUGGAAGAAUUGCUGGCUCUGAAGGAACAGCGGAUGGCCGGGAUGAAGAGCACAGGUUGGACAAAGCCUGAGGAACUGGACAAAUCCCUUGACUUGGACAUCUAUGAUGAUUUAAAUGAGGUGGCGAUCAAAGAGGGAACCAAACACGACGAAAUGGAUAAAUCUUUGGAUUUGGACAUCUACGACGACUUGGACGACUUCCAGAAGGCGGAGGAUCGCAAAACCAAGGAGCUGCUGGCUUGGGAGGUCAAACACGCAAAAGCAUUGAUUGAAAUCGAGUCACUAAAGGCUGAAAACAAAGCGCUCGGGAAGAAGAUAAAGGCCAUGGAGGUGAACCUGCAGAAUCUGCUGGAUACGGCCAAGUCGGAGGUGAAAAGAAAGGAGUCUCUGAUUGCACAGCUGCGAAAGGAAAAAGACGACAUUUGCUUCAGGCGAAAGCGAGGGCGUGAGGUCGAAGAGCCAGGCGAAAGAUGCCCCGAAAGUAAGCGCUCCAAGGAGUCUCAGCCCAAAACAGUUGCCAAGAAGGAUCUGGAAACCGAUAGAAACCCCUUUAAGACGGCUUCCAAAGAAGGGACCAAGAAGUCUGGCACAAAAGAGGAUGUCAAGAAGUUGGUCGUAAAAGAUGAUUUAAAGAAAACGAGCACAAGAGAAGAUCCGAAGAAGUCACACAGACGAAGCAAAUCUCCCAAGCUGGUACAAUCCAAGACCAACGAACGGAGAUCAAGCACGCACACUCGACGUGAAGAGGAUCGCCAGAGAUCCAGAGAUCGGCGCCACAGCCGCAGCCGGAGUCCAAGACAUAGCACCAGACGGGAUCACCACAGGAGUCGUGAUAGCAGUGCCCGGCAUCACAGACGACGUAGCCGUUCCCAGUCGCCCAGAAUCCAGUUGGCAGUAGAAAAGCACCAUACCAUGACGACCCUAUUCGGCGAUGAAACGAAUGACCAGCCGAGCGAGAGCCCGCCACUUGAGUUGGCCAAAAUGGCCACUGAAUUGCAACCUUCGAGGAAAGUGCUUACCAAGCAAAUUGAUCAUGCUUCAGAUCUUUAUGUGAUCUCCAGUAGGGAACAACCAAAAGAUGUUACUGCUGGUCUCUUCGCUGAAGUCUGCACACUGCAACAAGAGUUAAUUCCGGGUUUGGACAUAAUUUCUCAGCCAGAAACCGUAGAUUUGGUCCACAACAAAGUCGAGCUGAACGAAGAAGAGACAAAGUCUCUCCAAAAAAAGAUUAAUGUUUUACCGACUCGUUCAAAAGGCUCCGCCCAUGGUAAAUUAAAGGAAACAAAGCUUCUGGGCUUAAAUUUAGAUGUGCCGAAAGAUAAUGGAGACAGUGAACUCCUUCCAGCAAAUCAUUCCAAACCUGAAGUUCACCAGCUGGACUUACUUAAAAGCGGAAAGCAUUCAAACGAACCGCAAGUUGAAAUGGACAUCAAAAUAAAUAAUUCGCAUGAACCUGUUGAAGUUCAAACAGAUAUAAUCGAGGAUAAAAUAGAUAAUGCAGUACAAACAAAUACUGCCAGCGUACAUACUGAAAAGUGUUCUCAGUUGAAUGAGAAAGCUUCAGAAGAUUGCGUUACACCUCCCGAUGUCGGAAUAAGGAUCAUCGAGGAUAUUAGACUGCCUAAGAUAGCGGACAUCGAAAAUAUUGCUGUUAAAGUCGACAAGCCUUGCACGGACCCAACAGUAAUCCCGAACUCCGAGUCAAAUGAGCAGAACCCAGGUGUGGAUGAUCACAACCUUCGUUUAGGCGAGUUGAAGGAACCUUCCAGCUCUACCGACGAUACUCCCACAAAGUCCGCCACUGUCCUAUACGCUAAGCCAGACUCAACGAAAGUAGACCAUAAUGAUGAAAACGACGAGGUUAUCCUGGAAGCUGCUAUGAAUAUGCUGACGAGCGAGCAAGAUUCGCCCAGGGUCGCCGAUCCCACCUAUCCAAAUCUGAGUAUCGAAGAAGACGCCAUUGAGAUGGCAUUGGAGCAGUUGCAUCAGCAGUCACCAGACGAAACCGUAGUGACCUCGACAUCGAAUAGAGCUUUGCAGACGCCCAAACAGAAUCUUGUUUCGAUGCUCACCCAGUCCCCCACUCAGGGCAGCCCGUUAAAGUCAAAGACGAAAUUGAAGCUAUCACCGAAGGGCACACCGGAAAAGCCAUCCGUUGAGAAAACCCCGCUAAAAAAGAGAAAAAUCAACAUGGAUAGUUCAACGGAGGCACCUCUUGUACCCACACUUAAUUUGACGACGGCUGACGAGGACGUCAGCAUGAACGAGACGAUGGGAUCUAGCUUGGGUGACGAUACCUCAACAGUGAUCAAGCGCUGUUCUCUGGGCAACACCGACUACCAGUACGAGGAAAUAAAAGGCGAGAUCAUAUUGCGAGUCAAGCGUCGCUGUCGACGGCGACGACCAGCACUCGCUGACAAUACAGACAGAUAAUGUGCCCGACAAACCGACUUAAAUAAAUAUAUACA